CAUGGAAAUAAAAACCAUGGAUUUAUCCUAUGGGCUUAGUAAUACUUUAAAAAAAAUCUCAACUUUAAAAUACGGUAAUGAAGGUCUAAUAUUUGUCCCUGUAAAUCAUCCUUACAUACCUGGAAGAAGCGAGAAAUUGUUAUUAUGGAGCCCAGUAAAUCAGAUAAGUGUAGAUUUUAAAAUAAAAACAAUUAUUCAGAAUAAAAGAAAUAAAAAACCAGUAUUUCAUAUAAUGAUUGUGGAUAAAAAUCAAUAUAAAAAAAUUGACCAAUUAACGUUGGAACCUUCUAUUAAAAAAGA